UGCCCGUUCCUAGCGGAAGACCGGCGCGACAAUGACCAUCCAUGCAGAGGGGCUGGUGGCUAUCGUGAUCUUCUAUCUACUCAUCCUGGCCGUGGGCAUCUGGGCGGCAUGGAAGAACAAGCACUCCGGGGAAGCGGAGGGCACCGACCGAAGCGAGACCAUCAUGGUCGGCGGGAGGGACAUCGGAUUAUUCGUCGGUGGAUUUACCAUGACAGCCACCUGGGUUGGAGGAGGAUACAUCAAUGGCACAGCUGAGUCUGUGUAUCUGCCAGAUUCUGGUCUGGCCUGGGCGCAGGCUCCCUUUGGAUAUGCCCUCAGUCUGGUUGUGGGUGGUCUCUUCUUCGCCAAGCCCAUGCGCUCACGAGGUUACGUCACCAUGCUGGACCCGUUCCAGCAGAUCUACGGGAAACGCAUGGGCGGCCUCCUCUUCAUCCCUGCACUCAUGGGUGAGAUCUUCUGGUCGGCCGCCAUCUUGUCCGCUCUGGGAGCUACCCUGAGUGUCAUCGUGGACAUCAACAUCAAGAUGUCGGUGGUUAUCUCAGCGCUCAUUGCGAUCUUCUACACCCUGGUGGGGGGGCUGUACUCUGUGGCCUACACUGACGUCGUGCAGCUCUUCUGUAUCUUUAUCGGCCUGUGGAUCAGCGUCCCCUUUGCUUUGACCAACCCUGCGGUGACAGACAUCAGCAUUACUGCAGUGAAGCAGGUGUACCAGGCGCCCUGGAUAGGUAGCAUCCGCAAGAGCGACAGCUGGGUCUGGAUCGACAACUUCUGCCUCCUGAUGCUCGGAGGAAUACCAUGGCAGGUGUAUUUCCAGAGAGUCCUGUCUGCCUCCUCGGCCACGUACGCCCAGGUCCUCUCCUUCAUAGCUGCAUUCGGGUGCCUCGUCAUGGCUGUGCCCUCUGUUCUCAUCGGAGCCAUCGGGGCCUCCACAGACUGGAACCAGACAUCAUAUGGAGCCAUACCUCCCAUAGAGAAGGAGGAGGCAGACAUGAUUCUGCCCAUCGUGCUCCAACACCUUUGUCCACCAUUUGUCUCUUUCUUCGGCCUGGGUGCGGUUUCUGCUGCCGUCAUGUCCUCCGCAGACUCCUCCAUCCUCUCAGCGAGCUCCAUGUUUGCGAGGAACAUCUACCAGAUGACGUUCAGACAGUCAGCUUCUGACCGUGAGAUAGUGUGGGUGAUGCGUGUCACCAUCUUUGUGUUCGGUGGCCUCGCCACAGUGAUGGCGCUCGUAACUGGGACAGUUUACGGCCUCUGGUACCUGAGCUCAGACCUGGUGUACGUCAUCAUCUUCCCGCAGCUGAUCAGCGUGCUCUUCGUCAAAGGCACCAACACGUACGGCUCGGUGGCCGGCUACCUGUUCGGCAUGGUGCUGCGUAUAGGUGGAGGCGAGCCCUACCUGCAUCUGCCUCCUUUCAUCUAUUACCCCGGCUGGACUCUUGAGAACCGGAUUCACCGACUGACGGGAGAAAGCGAGGAAUUUGUCAUUCAGAAGUUUCCCUUCAAAACCAUCUCUAUGGUCGCCUCUUUUCUGGGCAACGUGGCCGUCUCCUACCUGGCCAAGUACCUGUUUGAGAGCGGCAAGAUUUCACACAAAUACGACUUCCUCGAUGCGGUGGUGUCCAAGCACAGCGGGGAGAUUAUGGACAAGACGACGCUUGUGACUCGGAGCAACAACAUCGGGCUCUCGGAGAUGGCGUCCGUGAAACCGCGCCUGAGCGUGACCUUGGCAGCGGCCUUCACGCGCCGUGACACAAUGCCAAAAGAGAUGGUGGAGGAGGAGGAGGAGGAGGAGUCCAGCUCAGACACCUCCCACCACGAUGAAUAAUGACAAACCCCGGAAUGUGAUUUAAAAAAAAAAUGAUGAUGUGACUGAAACUGACAGAGAACUGGUCACUCCGUCCAAAAACAGAACAAGCGAACAUCUUACCUUUGAUCAACAAAGGAGCAAAUCCUGCUCGUGGUGACUGGAUAACAACCAGACGUCAGGAUCUAGAUAUGUAGCGUAGCGGCUUGCUGAUUGUCCAGUCAUAAAGCUGUCUUCCUGUGAAGUACAUCACACACUUACACUCAUGAAGUUCUUUAAGAUAUUGGGCUCUUCUUUCUUCAUCUGGUUUGAAGACACACUGUUAAGAGACGCGUUAUUUCAUUUAUUUCAUCUUUUUUGCUCACUGAAGACAACUGCAGUAGGAGAAGCUGAAAAAUCUGUGAAUAUGAAAAAAAAUGACUGGAACUUUAUGAGAAGUGACUGACAGCACAAUUGAAGAAGUGUAUACUAUUAUUUAAAAGCAAUAACACAUAUACACAAUUUUAACACCUGUACAACAAUUGUCAUAAAAGUCUGAUUGUGAGUGGGUGGAAGAAAAAUGGAGGAAAAAAUUUAAAACAGGAUAUUUUAUCGCUUUAAUGUGUAAUAUCAAACUUACUUCCCAAUUGUAACACUGAGACACUUGGGUUUUGAUCCAUUGAUUAAUUAACACAUGAAAUAAACUUAAACAUCAUAAAACCAAGAAGCUAAUUCAGUUCGAUGCAGCGUUCACAGGCGAUCAUGUCUCUCGUGUAUUUCAUCAAUUAUUCCUGUAAAACACGUUAUAUAUCUGUGAAUCAAAGAAAGGAACAAUCCAUUUAUCAUGCCAGUAAGAAAAUAAAGCUAAUAUCCCAUCUGUAAUGUCAACACUUUAAUCAGUGAACAUUUGUAUUUUAAAAAUGAUCUUGUAUUCAGCUGCCUUAACGACGUUCAAAGGUAGAGAUCCGCGGCUCUGACUGGACUCUGGUCAGACUGACGCCAUCAAAGACUUGAAUAUGAAUGUAACCUCUAGAGAAGAUUAUUAUAUCAUGUAGUGUAUUUGGACAAAAUGUUUGUGUAUUUGUUGCGUUUGUGAUUUGCAAAGUCGAGCAGUAACUGUUGUUAUCAGCAGCGUGCAGAUGACUUUUUCUCUGUGGCGUGUAUGUUUGUAAACAUGAGGUUAUAAAAAAGAGCGAUACUGUACAUAUAUAUAAAUAUAUAAUAUAUAAUGCCAGUUAAUAUGAUUCAAGUAAGAUGGAAAGGAUGUUUAUUUAUUUUUGAUGUC